GCCUCGAAGGAGGGGGGAGGGGUGAUUUUGCAAUGUAGUUCCAAAGAACGCGUCAGUACAACCUUUAACCUCGUCAGUGUCGAAUGUAUAAUAAACAUUAGCAUCCGUUAGAACAUCUGCGAGAUGGAUAGAAAACUCUUAAGGAUGUGCAAGUAACUGGAAAUCCGUUUACAACUCCAAUCUAACUUUGGUUAUUUCCUAGAAUGUAUAAUUUUAGCGGAUGUGGCUGUCAUUCCACGUCAGUUAGAUAAAAACUACAGGAAGUUAAAAGGCAAAACCUUUUGUAUUCUACAAGUGGAUAUCAUUCGUCUUAAUAGAUUUUUAUUCAUCUGAAGUCGCUUAAACUGUGACGAUGAUCGUUUCAUCAUCAUCAUAAAAAAGACCAAAAAAAAAAAAAAUGGCGUCGAGACGGGAUUGUAUUUAUUUUUGUGCGCCGUUUUUUGUUCCGUGUUGUUCGGAAAUGUUCGUUCUAGUGGUUUGUGUCCUCCAGGUUUUAAGUACGUCGAGUCGCUCUUACCCAAAACUUCUGUUUGUGUAGCAUUGUUUAAAACGCCCGAAAAUUGGGAGAGGGCAUACAAUAUAUGUCGACAUUAUUCUGCUUAUUUAUUUUAUUACCAAGCAACGGACGUUGUAGAAAUUCAAAAAUUCUCGAACGAAACCGAAAAAAUACACAUUGGUAUUAAAAGGAUAAACGGGACUUAUCUAUGGAGCGAUCCCGAUCCUAGAGAAUUUAGUCACGACAAUGUCUUGAAUUACGACGAAUCGAAAUUAUUAUGGGAGAAGGACGAACCGCGUGACGAUUGUGUAGGUUUGAAUCUCGUCACAAAGACAUUAUACACUACGUCUUGCAAUGGUAGCCGCCAUAGUUUUGUCUGCGUUGGAAACGUUUUACCAGAUCCACCUAUCUUAUGUGAUGAAGGCUGGAAGUUUUCGUAUUUAUCUGGAAACUGUAUUAAAAAAUCGAUGGAUAAAGUAAACUAUUCUUCAGCAGAAGGAAAAUGCAAAGAGUUUCAGGGUGAAUUGAUUAAUUACGAAACUUCAAAAGCUCUCGCGCCCGAAUUUCUAUUCGAAGCCGUUCAUUCGACAAAAAACAACGGAAUUUACACGCGCCGUGGAGUAUCGACGUUGUCCAAUGAUAACUGUUCUGUCGUAUACUGGAAUGGUAACUCCGUCCAAAAGUUUCAAUCGAAUUGCAAUAAGCAUCUUCAGUAUAUUUGCCAAAAAGAUAUGAAAAGAUUAGACGUAGAAGUAAUCUUACGUAUAACAAUGGAUGGUUAUACCAAAGAUGAGGUCCCUGUCGUUACAUUUUCGAAAUUUCGUGAUAUAAUAAUGGUUUUGAAGGUUAAAAUCAAUGGAAAGAAAUAUGAUACUAAGAGCCUAUCGAAGAUAAUAUGGUGGAAAGAUAAUAAACCUAUAGAGAGGUGCGUGGAUGACACUUGUAUACCCGUUUUAUACGUGAAUACUCCUAACGUUACGAAGCAAGGAAUGUACUAUGCAUCAGUCAUAAUGCCUGGAUAUCCUUACACAAUAUAUUCAAAUGCUGUCGACAUAUAUCUAUCAGAUGUGUCUACGUAUCUUCUUACUAUAACUGGAAGGAACAUACCAUACAAGAGAUAUAUACACGAUUACAGUAAGACCGAUUUUAUUGAAUUUAGAGAAGUAGUGGAUAAAAAAAUGAAGAAUUUAUUUCAAAAUUUUCCCGUUCCUAAUUUACCUCAACCUUUCUGGUAUUUAAGCGGUAUUGCUGAUACUCCAGAUGAAGUGACCCUUCACAUAUAUUUAUACCUGAAUUUUUUCGAAAAAUCAAAAGAUGAGAAGUAUAUAAUAAGGCCCAAAGACGAGAGAAGUAAUGUUUACAUACCACUACGCAAUUUUAUUAAAAAUCAAUUCAGGAGGAAUGUUUUUUCGGACUGGAAUGUGUCAAGAGAGAGCUUGCGAAUAGUGGGUCAAUGUUUUGGAGAAAAUAAACUGGGUAGCAACGAUAUAAACAUAACUUGGCACGACAGUUACAGUGGGAAAUAUAUUGUUUCCACUCCUCCGUGCAUUACUAGUAAUUGGCAACUUGUAACUAGAACUUGUCACGGUGGAUACGUGACGGGUUCGAAGUGGAGCGAGUUCGAUUACGCCAAGUGCUCUAGAAGAAAUGAAAUAAAAGUAAAUCUUUCAAUGGAUAAAUGUCGAUCCAGUUACGUAUAUUGGAAACAUGACACGUGUAUAAGUGUGCACAGGGAAAGUACAGAUUGGUUUCGUGCCCAUAAAAUAUGUGGGGAGAUGAAAGGUUACCUUUUCUCACCCAAGUUCAGUUCUGAUACGUCUUUUUGGGAGUUUGACCCUAUCUUAGAUAUUGGAGAAGUUUGGAUGGGAGGAUAUCGAACUUUCGGUACGUUUCAAUGGUUGGCUUUCUAUCCUGGGAUUAUUAACACAAGCGUGGUAUCCUGGGGUCACGGUGAACCGAAAAUUAAUAAUAAUUGUCUAAGCGGGAAAAUCUUCGCAGGAAAAUUGAUGCUUUACAGUAGAUCUUGCCACGAAAGAAAACCCUUCGUUUGCAUGCAUAAAGCAUUAUAUCCUAAAUUUUAUGAUUCUCCUAGAUGCCCGGAUAAUUGGAAGAAAUGGCCUCUUACCGAAGACAAUUGCUACAUGCAUACAAAAAUAAAGAUGAAUUGGAAAGAAACUCAGCAUCAUUGCAAACGAGAAGGUGGAAAAUUAGCUGUUCUUCAUAAUUUCGAUCAAAAUAUUGCUAUAAGAAAUUACGUACGACAACUUAAUAUUAAUCGUUCUUUCUGGUGGAUCGGACUUCGUAAAAUACAAAACAAAUUUAUGUGGGACGAUAAAAAUUCUUAUAUAAAUUAUGUGGAUUGGGAUCCUUCGACAGAUUUCAGUCGAGGUAAUACUGCUGGAUGUUUAAAAUUUGAUGGUAUUACUACUAUUUCGUGGUAUCUAAAUAAUCCCAGUAAUAAAAACUAUGGCAUCUGCGAGACAAAGGCAAACAGAGGAAGGGUGGUGCUUCAACUGUCCGAAGUCAAAACGGGGAUAUUUAAAUGUACAUCCGAUCGCAGAUAUUACAAAAGCAUAACUUGGUAUAAAGAUGGAUUAGUUGUGAAUGGAACUCGAGGAUUAAUGGAAGCCAAUGACGAAUUUCUGGAUGUUUACAAGCUGUUAUCCUCCAAACAUCCUCAUCUUAAAACUCUCUCACGUCUUCAAGGAUAUUAUUGGUGCGAAGUCGAUCAGGAAAAACCAUUUAUACCGAUUUCUUCCAAUAAAGAACUCUUCGUCAUCGAAGAUUUUUGGACUUUCUCUGGAGAAUUUUUAUCUAGAAAGAUUUUAAAUCCUUUCGAUCCGAGCACUACGAAAUUCUGGAAUAAAAUCGAAGAAAUAACUAAAAAAAUAGAAGAUCAGAUGCUGCCCAGAGAAUACCCAACGUCUGCAUACAUUCACAACAUGAGUGUAGAGAACGGCAAGACAAAGUUAAUGUUUUAUAUUUACAUCGAACGAAAAAGGAAUAAGAGAACAGAUAAGAAUGAUAAUAGAAGAAAGUAUAGAGAUAAGUUAGAAAGUUACAUAGAAUCAAAGUUACGUCGUUCUAAUGUUGCUGAAGAAUUACAGUUGAUACCUGAAAGUCUCAAAAUUAAAAAUUCGGGAGAAUGCAACAGAGAAACGACAAACGUGGGUGGAAGGAUUCUAACGUGGAACGAGACCAUCGCUGGAAAAUUUACAAUCGCAAACGAAAGUUGUGUAACAGAGAACGGAGAUCCCGUGGUACGAAGAUGUUUGGGUAAUUUUACGCACGGUAGUUAUUGGGGUCCUGUAGAAGGAACGUGUUCUGGUCGCUUGUCGGACAUUAGCGAGAAGUUAAAGAAUUUAUCUCAGGAAACCGUGAUUAACCCAAAAGAAAUUUCGGAGAAUUUGAAAACACUAACGAAUGAUUCAUCCCAACUGAAAGCUAUUGAUUUGCAUUACGUGGCAGUUACUAUGCAGAAUCUGGCGCAAGUACAAGUACAUCAGAAAAAUGAUGUCCGAGAUGUGAUUUCAACUAUGGAUAACAUAAUGAAUAUGGAUCCGGAAAUUAUAGUUUCCAGUAAGAUUAAAGUUAAUGCUUCUUCCAGAAUUACAGCUUCUCUGGAGAAUAUUUUGGAGAAUAAUAUAGACAUGCUUAUAGACACGAGACCGAAUUUAGUAGUGUCCUCGUGGUCGCUAAGAAACCAUACGAUGGCGGGAAUGAUGGUCAUGUCUUCCGAUGGUGACAGUUUAGGAAAAGCGAUUUCUAUUAUAGAUGUCGGGAAAAGGAAGCUAACGGACGAGAAAUGUCGAGCUGGAAUUCUUCUCCCUUCCGAUUUGGUGGUAGAAAGGAGUCUUAAAAAUUCAUCGAUAGAUUUUGUAAUCUAUAAAAAUGAUUCGUUAUUCCUGACCGGAAACAGAAGUAGCAAGAUUAUUACACCCGUCUUGUACGCUCAUGUAUCGGGUGGACCCGUGCUGUUAGAAAAAAAGACCAUCGAAAUAGUUUUGGAAACUUUUAAGGUAUCGAAUCAGAUUCCAAAUUCGGAAAAAUGUGUUUAUUGGGAUUAUUCUAUGAAUAACGGUGAAGGUAGUUGGUCCGAUAAAGGAUGCGAGACGAAAAUCGAUCUUCAGGACGAAAAACACGUUAGAUGCUACUGUGAUCACAUGACCAAUUUCGCCAUCUUGGUGGAUUUAUACGGGGGGAACGUAGAAGAAGAGAAUCAUGCAAUAGCUCUGGACAUUAUUACAUAUAUUGGAUGUACCCUUUCUAUAUUUGGACUCCUAUUGACCAUAAUUACGUUCAUGAUCUUCAAGAAGUUGAGAAAGGGAUUGGGAAGUCAAGUCCUCUGCAAUUUGGCCGUCUCUCUGCUUCUAACUCUGAUUGUAUUCCUAACGGGAAUUGAUCAGAUAUCUUCUAAAGCAGGAUGCAUAUUUGUUGCCGCUUUGCUUCAUUAUUUAUUAUUGGUAUCAUUCAGCUGGAUGCUAGUGGAAGCCGUGUUGCAAUACCUCAGAUUUGUCAAAGUGAUAGGAACUUACAUACCAAAAUUCAUGUUGAAGGCUUCGUUAUGGGCAUGGGGAUUUCCUCUCUUAAUUACCUUGACAAUUCUAGCCAUCGAUCACAAUAUGUAUCACGGAGGAAAGAAUUAUUGUUGGCUUAAGAUCAAGCCGUUCUAUUUUGGAUUUCUCAUACCCGUUGGUAUUAUUAUGCUAUCAAAUAUCAUCAUAUUUUGUCUAGUCAUCUAUUCCAUAUCAUGCGGUCGCCAGAAAGGAUUAAGAACUAAUCAAAGCGAACGAAAACUAGCAAUAACACGUGUUAGAGCUGCGUUUUGCAUCUUAUUUUUAUUAGGAUUAUCUUGGACUUUUGGGUUCUUCGCUAUCAGCGAUGCACGACUCAUAUUCAAGUAUCUGUUCAGCAUCUUCACCACUCUUCAGGGAUUCUUUAUAUUCGUUUUUCACGUGCUUCAAGAGAAGACAACUCGGGAUUUAUGGUACGAAUAUUUCUGCCUGAAAAAGGAACACGGAAUGCAGAUAUUUGCAACCAGAGACACAUCAACUGCCAAAGACACCAUCACAUCAUCAAAUUCCAUCAGCAGAAACAAGUCUUAAGUUUAGACUUUUCAGUAUUACUGUUGUAUAAGAAUCUCAUUCACUGUUUAUUGUUUAUAUUAUCCAUCAUCAUUAACGCACAAGAAAUCUUUCAAUAAAGAAUUUUUAUAGUUUA